UUCAAGAUGACUGGAACAGAGCGGAAAGUUUUUCAGAAAUACUACCCUCCCGACUUUGACCCAUCAAAAAUCCCAAAAGCUUCUGGUGGACGAAACAGACAAUUUAUCCAACGUGUAAUGACUCCAUUCAAUAUGCGAUGCAAUACUUGUAGUGAAUAUAUUUAUAAAGGAAAGAAGUUUAAUAUGAGAAGAGAAACGGCUGAGGGAGAAAGCUAUCUUGGCUUGAGGAUUUUCAGAUUCUAUUUUCGGUGUCCAAAUUGUCUGGCCGAAAUCACCUUCAAAACAGAUAUUCAAAAUGUGGACUAUCAAGCUGAAAAUGGAGCAACACGAUUAUUCGAUGUAUACAAAUUUUGGCAAGAACAGGAACAAAAGGUGGAGGAGAAAGAAAAGGAAGAAAAAGAGGAUGCAAUGAAAAUGCUUGAAAAACGAACAAAAAUGAGCAAAUUGGAAAUGGAAGCAUUAGGUCACAUUGAGGAAUUACAAGAAAUUAAUAGACGCCAAGAAAGUAUUGAUACAAUUGGCUAUUUAAAUCAAAUUGAACAGAAAAAUGCUCUUACUUUUGCUGAAAGGUUGAAGCGACAAGAAGAAGAGGAUGAAAGAGAAGUUGAAAGGCUUGUAGAAAAAACUGGAGGAAAAUAUACAAAAAGAAUAAAAGAGGAAGAUGAAGAAGAUUUAUUAAAUGGCCCAAGUACAAGUUCUUCAAUAUUAUUAAAAAAUGAGGUCGAAAAAUUUGUUGGGACAAAGUUGAAUAAUCUGAAGGAAGAAAAUAAUUUAAAACCGAAUAUUAAGCCUUCAAUGGAUUUGGCGUCCAAAAGAACCUCAAAUCAAGCAAAUUUAUUAAAUUCAAUUGUAAAAAAGAAGAAAAAUAAAUAA